GCUUUGGGUGAAAAAAAAUGUCCCUUUUGGAUGGGAAAACCUGCUCCAGCCCAAGAUUGCACUUCUUGUCUUCUUGCCUCCUUUGAAGAGUGGCUCCAGUUGCUUUGGCACCUGAACCUUGGUUGGUUCAUUUGUACUGAUGUGAAGACCCUGGAGUUAUCUGGCACCCAAGACCAUUCCUUUAGAGUCCAAGUGAGAUUUUGUCACCCAGCCACCUGAGCUCUUACUUGCCCACCUGUCUCCUGAGCACCCUGAUUGUAUCACCCUGUAGGCCAUGGAGAAUGAGCUGCCAACCCCACCCACAUCUAUCAGUGCCACCGUUGCCAGCAGUAACAGCGGGGUCAGUAGUAGCAGCAGCAGCAGCAGCAGCAGCAGCAGCAGCAGCAAUGGUGGUAGCCGUUCUGCUGGAACUGGGCCUCAGAUUUCUGUGUACAGUGGUAUCCCCGACCGACAGACUGUACAGGUGAUCCAGCAAGCCCUGCACCGGCAGCCUAGCACUGCAGCUCAGUACCUGCAGCAGAUGUAUGCAGCCCAACAGCAGCACCUCAUGCUGCAGACAGCAGCACUCCAGCAGCAGCACCUCAGCAGCGCCCAGCUCCAGAGCCUGGCGGCCGUGCAGCAGGCAAGUCUGGUGGCCAACAGACAAGGGGCCCCUUCAAGCAACAAUGGCUCUGCACAGUCCCCAGCCCAGUCACCGUCGAUAAACCUGGCAGCAUCCCCAGCAACAGCUCAGCUCAUCAACCGUGCCCAGAGUGUCAACACAGCUGCAGCCUCAGGCAUUGCCCAGCAGGCUGUGCUGUUGGGUAAUACCUCGUCUCCGGCACUGACAGCCAGCCAGGCGCAGAUGUAUCUGAGGGCACAGAUGACCCAGCCAGGUAACCUGGUGCAGGUAACUAGGAGCCUAGGCGGCACUGUUCCUUUGUCCCCUCAGCUCAUCUUCACGCCCACGGCCACCGUCACUACCGUGCAGCCUGAGCUCAGCACCGGCUCCCCUGCCCAGCCCCCCACCCCCAAUCAGGUACAGAACUUGACCCUCCGAACGCAGCAGACAGCAACCACAACAGCCUCCGGCCCCACCCCCACCCAGCCUGCACUGCCCAGCCUGGCCCUGAAACCCACCCCAGGCAACAGCCAGCCUCUGUCCACCCCCUCACAGGGCAGAAGCACGGCUCAGGGAUCCCCAGCAGGUGCCAAGCCUGGCAUAAGUGACAGUGUGGCUGAGCAACUCAAGAAGGGGGACAGCAGCAGUGGCAAUGUGCCAGGGAGCACUGAGGGCCGGGGGGGACUAAGCCGGAUGGUGUCCCCUGUGGCCACACACCCCCUCAUUGCACCAGCCUACACCCAGCUGCAGCCACACCAACUCCUUCCACAGUCCCCAUCCAAGCACCUGCAACCCCAGUUUGUCAUCCAGCAGCAGCAGCAGCAACAGCCACUUCUACAGCAGCAGCAGCAACAGCAGCAGUCCCAGCAGUCCCAACAGUCCCGGCCCCAAUCACAGUCCCAAUCCCAGCUUACCUCAGCUCUGCCAGGAGUGACCAUACAACCCAGCCCUGAAGUUCAUGCCAUGUCACUAGGCCCAGCAAUCCCUGCCCUCCCACUGCAGUAUCCUGCUACCAAUCAGCACAAACCUGGCAACAGCCAGCAAGGGCAGCCCUCCAGCCCGGAGGCUGGUCCCCAGAAUGGACAUUCUGAGGGCCCGCUCCACACCCCCCAGCGCAGGUUCCAGCACACGUCAGCUGUCAUUCUCCAACUACAGCCUGCUUCACCAGCGACCCAACAAUGUGGUCCAGAUGCCUGGAAGGAGGCAAUGCCCAGGGAGAAGAGUCUUCCUGAGACCCUGCCCAGCCCAGCAGCCCAGCAACCAGCAACCCUCACUCCCCCACCUGCUGGUCCACUCCAGCCCACAAGCUCUGAUGUUCAGCAGUCUCCAGCACAUGAGACAGGUAAGGGCAUUGUUUAUGCACUGAACGACCUCAGCAGCCCCGGCAUGACCUCAGGGAACGGAAACUCUGCCUCCAGCAUCACUGGCACUGCCCCCCAGAAUGGUGAGAAUAAACCACCACAGGCCAUUGUGAAACCCCAAAUCCUGACGCAUGUUAUCGAAGGGUUUGUGAUCCAGGAGGGGGCGGAGCCUUUCCCGGUGGGACGUUCGUCCCUGCUGGUGGGGAACCUUAAGAAGAAGUAUGCACAAGGGCUUUUGCCUGAGAAACUCCCACAGCAAGAGAACACCACCACCACUGAUUCAGAAAUGGAGGAGCCCUAUCUGCAAGAAUCCAAAGAGGAGGGGACUCCCCUCAAACUUAAGUGUGAGCUUUGUGGCCGAGUGGACUUUGCCUACAAGUUCAAACGUUCCAAACGCUUUUGCUCUAUGGCGUGUGCCAAGAGGUACAACGUGGGCUGUACCAAGCGUGUGGGACUCUUCCACUCUGACCGCAGCAAGCUGCAGAAACCAGGGGCUGCCCCCCAUAACCGCCGACGGGCCAGCAAGGCAAGCCUGCCAGCACUGCCCAAGGAUGCCAAGAAGCAGCCUGCAGGGGCCGUGCCUCUCUCAGUCACAGCUGCGCUGCAGCUGACCCACAGCCAAGAAGACUCGAGUCGCUGCUCGGAUAACUCAAGCUACGAGGAGCCCCUGUCGCCCAUCUCGGCCAGCUCCUCCACCUCACGACGGCGCCAGGGCCAGCGGGACCUGGAGCUCCCCGACAUGCACAUGAGGGACCUGGUGGGUGUUGGCCACCACUUCCUGCCCAGUGAGCCCACCAAAUGGAAUGUGGAAGAUGUCUAUGAGUUCAUCCGUUCUUUGCCAGGCUGCCAGGAGAUUGCAGAAGAGUUUCGUGCCCAGGAGAUUGAUGGGCAGGCCCUGUUACUGCUCAAGGAAGACCAUUUGAUGAGUGCCAUGAACAUCAAGCUUGGGCCCGCCCUGAAGAUCUAUGCACGCAUCAGCAUGCUCAAGGACUCCUAGGACCUGGCCAUGGAAAAGACCCCUUCUCUUCUCCCUGGGAGCUCCUUGCACCCUAACUGAGCAGAGCACAAGAAAAUGUUCCCAUGGGGCAUAGAGAAGGGACCAUGAGCUCCUCCUGGGCAUGGCUGAGGAGGAGGGGCUCUGCCAGCCUCCUCCCUCACCCUCAGGGCCCUUGCAUUUCUGCAGGAGAGGACGGAGGUAGGCAGGUGGCUGCAGAAGUUGGGGCAUUGUGCUUGUAAAUAUUGGUAGCAUCAGCUUCUUCUGAAGUCCCAUGGCUCUAGCCCUGCUGUCUUCCCUGCCCACCCUAGCCCCCAUCCUCACCCCUCAGAGGCACAGGUGGCCAGAGCUCCCCAACCCAAGUGGGAUAACUGUCAAGGAUGACCACCAGGCCUGGACAGAGGCCAGGGCAACCCUUGCCUGCUUCAUGCCCUAUCCUUCCUUAAGCUGGUUAACUCUUUCUUCAUCAGCUUCUCCCCCUUCAGCCUGAUUCUGAAAUAGCCAAGAAUUCCCCCAGAUACAGGCACUGCUAUGUCCAGGUGGAGAGAGAGAAGCUGGGCCUGAUUUGGCCAUGCCUGUUGGCCCAUACGCCUUAACGCUGUGUGUGUGACUGUGUGUGAGAGCCCGGACUGGCAGAUGGGCUGAGUUCCUUCCUUCUGGCUUUAUCCAGGUGUCCUCUUAGUGCUUUGUCCUGGACUCCACUCACUCUCAGGUGGAGAAUGAGGGAGCUGCAGCCUCAGCACAGAGGCCGGGAGGGUCUGUAAGGGAGAGGAUUGGGGAUUCUUCUUUCUGGACUCAUGAGGCCAUCGUGACAUGCUACAAAUUGCUCCCGAAUGCCCUGCUUUCCCACAAGCAGCAUUAAGGAAAGGCCCCCUGCCAAAUGCCAGCGUGAAGGGCACGGCCUCUUCCAUUUACACCGCCCCCAGCGGCCAAGGCCUUGGGGACCCAGGGACUGUUGAAAGGGAUUGCACAGCUCUUGUGUCACGGUCGGUCUGAAAAAGGCCAUCUCCUCACUUCCUCUGCCUACACCCCUUUGCCUCUAAAACUUCCCAGCAUCCAUUUGGGCCUCUCAAGAAGGUAGGGUGGGAAGGGAAAAGAACUCCCCCCACCUCUGACUCACCCAGCCUCAUGCAGACUGGGAAGGGGUUGGGGGAGAAUGGAGCUUUUCCCUGAACAAAGUGGGUACCUCCUUCAGUUGAGCUAUUCCUCACCCUCUAGGCAGGGUAGAAAUGGGAAAUGAAGGACUUUUUAGAGACCUUUUUUUUUAAUUAAAUAAAUCUCUAAAACCUG